AUGCCGCCGAAACGCACUCACACCAACGACGAGGCGCACGCCUCACUAAAGGACAAACUGCAGAGCCUCCAAGGCCCCAACGCGCGGGGCGGGAGACGAAACAAUGGUGUCAACGUUAUGAAUGGCAGUGGCCUCAAGGAGGUGGACAAUGCCUCUACCAAUAGUGGACAGACUUCGACCGACAUCAAAUGGUCGUCUCAGGACUCCACGGUACUUCACGGCUACCGACGCGCCUACCGCCUUGACUGCCCGUCGAGCUUCAAGAACCCGCUCAGCCACGUCGUGUUGAACCAAGGCAUUGGACGCAUGUCGCCAACUAUGGCGCGACCAAAAGCGAAGCGACGCGUGCACAAGGACCAGCUAGGCUUGGCUGUUAAGAAGAGCUUCAACUCGCAAGCUGUUACGGAGAGCGACGUAAUCGUCGACUGGUUAUACAAGUCGAAACACCAGGACAAGGAGUUUAGGGUACGGUUCGCCCCCCAUCGCAAGUGA